CACACAUUUUGAUUGGUUGCUCAAGUAUUUUUUCUCCUGGGAUUUGUAGUAAAGUUUCCAGCUGUUAUUUAUUCCCCUGUGGAUUCUUCAACACAGGCUGGUCGCUACUUUGGAAAUACUUUUUCUUUUCUUGAUCAAACAAACUCUUUCUCCGACAAGUGCCUCUGAUUUGCCCACAGUGGCAAAGGUUUCUCGUGGAGCCGAUUUCUUUUUAUUGUGUAAGAUGCCUUCACUUCUUUUUUCAGCAACUGGUGUCUAAAAGCGGAUAUAUUAAUUCCGAAGCUUGCACAGGAAUGGAAUAAAAAACGCAGGUGUCUCAUCUACAGUCGUUUUUCCUGUUUGGGGCCUUUUUGACUUCCGAGAGGUUAAAAAGCAUCGGAGAAUAUAUAUAUUCCUUCAAUGAAUUUUGGAAGCUACACACUACCCAUGGGACGUCGUUUGUAGUGAAAAUGGCACAUCCGUGGAAGAUUCCUACGUAGAAAAUGUAUUUUAAUAUUCACAACCAGAUGGGUGGAAAGUUGGUACAGCAAGCCAACAGAGGUGAAUUAAAAAAAAGGAGCAACUGAUGUAAAGAUCUGAGUUCAUUGGAAAAAAUGGUGUAUUCUUCUAGUUCCUAAAUGGAAGCCUCUCCAUGGUGGCCACAGCAUUUCAGCAUGUGAUGCGGAUUGCCAAGAAAGACGCAGCACAUUUGCAGGAGAACAGAACAAUAUAAAGGAAAGGCCGCUCGGUGGUCAAAAUCAACAGGGGCUACGGCAACCAUUCAAUGCCAAGCCGUUCUUCGCCUUCUUUGCCAUCCAAGGAUAUAAAAGCAGAACAGGAUUGGAGACAUACAGAUGGUCUUCCAUGGGGAACUGUUUCUCUCAGACCAGCUCCGACGUUCUUCCUCGAAGGACCCAAGCGGUCGCCACAACCUACGCUGUUCAUGACCCCUUGGUUUUGCUUACCAUGUCAGGAUUUAUCUGGAGGAGACGGAGAAGGAGGACCUGAUCCCCUGCAAAGCUCCAAGCCUGGAUCCUCGUGGCACGACAGCACCUCUACAAGGAGCGGGAACUAAAGGAGACCAGAAGGAAGGGACGCCAGGCAACGCUUCUCAGCAAGGCUCACGCCGUCCCUCUGGCUCUUGUGUCCUCCACCUUCUUGUUGCCUGAGGUUGGAACCUGCUGAGGGGCCGAGGAGACAUUGCUGAGCAGUAUGUGUGGCCGGAGCGCGCUGCCGCAGGAGCUGGGAGCAUGAGUGCUGGCCCCCGGCUACAGCUGGCAGUCCUCUGGCCUUGGCUGCUCCUGGCUACGCUGCAGAUCCGGCUCGGCUACUCGGGACUGGCGCUGGCGGCGGCCAUGACCGCCGAGCGGUCCUCGGCCCAGAAGGCCAUCAUCCGGGUGAUCCCGUUCAAACUGGAGCCCCUCACCCUGGAAGGAGUCUUUGCGAGCGUUGCCGAGGUCAUGCCGGCUGAAGGGAAGCUCCUGCAGUUCCACCCCCUCUCUCUGUGUAACACCAGCGAGGACGAGCACACCGUCCCCGGAUUCGUCUCCAUCGUGAAGCUAGAGAGACCUGAACGAGAUCUGCACCCUUGCCUGUCCUUAGCCAACAAGGCCAAACUGGCUGGGGAGAGAGGAGCGCACGCUGUCCUGUUUGACAUUACCGACGAUGAAAGUGCUGCCGAUCAGCUGAGCAAACCCCGAGGACUCAGUCACCCUGUGGUCCUGAUCUGGGGCCACGACGCCGAGCUUCUGAUGGGGGUGGUGAAUAACAAUCGGGAGGCGCAUGUGAAGAUCGAGGUGAAGGAGAUGCCAGCCUGGCCCGACUAUGAUGUUUGGAUAUUCCUUACUCUCUUGAGCACCGCCUUGAUCAUCGCCUCUAUUUUCAUUGUCCGUGCCCGCUGCCAGCCCAGCCGGAGUCAGACCAACAUGCAGGAGGAGAUCCUCCAAGCCAUCCACCGGCUGGCCACACGGAGGUUCAAGGCCCGCCGUCGUUCAGCGCCCGCCACGGACUCCAUCAGCUCCUGCAGCUCUUCCCCGGUCUGUGCCAUUUGUCUGGAGGAGUUCAGCGAAGGCCAGGAACUCCGGAUCAUCACAUGUCUCCAUGAGUUCCACCGGCAGUGUGUGGACCCCUGGCUGCAAGAGCGACAGACGUGCCCGCUGUGCAUGUUCAACAUCAUGGAGCACGUUUCCUCGGCGUUACCCAUGUACUCCCAAGGAGAUCCACGUCCUCGGGGACCAGGCGGGAGGCCUCUUUUCUUUUUUUCUCUACUUCUCAUCCCAGAGCACGUUUCCUCGGCAUUACCCAUGUACUCCCAAGGAGAUCCACGUCCUCGGGGACCAGGCGGGAGGCCUCAUCUUUUCCGUCAACACCCCGGUCGCGCCGUGUACCGUUUCCCACGCAACCUCCCCCCGAUGGCUCCCAUAAACUGCUCUGCCAUGCUCCCUCACGGCCACCCUUUCUUCCAGUCCCCUGAGCUCUCCCAGCAGAAUUUUGAGACCGUGCAUUACUGGCCUUACAGACCGGUGACCCCUGACCCGUGGUGUGGCCACCCGCCUCCCCUCGCUCGAGGCCUGCUGGCGGGCCAGCCCCAAGACCCCGCAGCGUGCGAGCCAGCUCGGGCUCCUCGGAGGCCCUGCCCGCUCACCCACCAGGCCUCUUGUCGAGCCCUCCGGGCGCCACUGGCCACCAAACUGAGCCGGGGUUUCCCCCUCCAUCGGGGACUCCGCCACGGCAGGCAUCACCACCAUCACCACCAUCACCGCCAGAGCAGCGGAUCCGGAGAGAUUUACCUGACGGAACCCAGCGGGUACCUGCCGGACGGCCCCGGGAGCGACUCGAGUUCGGGUCCCUGUCACGGCUCCUCGAGCGACUCCAUGCUGAACUGCACGGAUGUGAGCCUCCAAGCCAUCCACGGCAGCUCCUCCACGUUCCACAGCUCCCUGAGCAGCGAUUACGAUCCGUUUGCUUUCUGCGGCUCGGAAAGCCCGGCGGCGGGGAAUGGGCGGGAGGUGCCUGCCUCAUGGCGAGACCCCCUCCCUCGGUCCCUCGACCCGGUGGCGACGGGCAGAGUGCCGCUCACUAGCAGCCACAUCCACUACCACCACCACCGGCACCACCAUUACGGACGCGCCCCUCCGGAUUGUCCGAAUGCCACACCGGGCCAAGGGCCAGAUCCGAGCAGGACUAGACAUCCGAGGACCACAAAGAGCGCCCAGGUGCCAAAAAGGACAGAGAAAGGGACGAGGCCCGACAGCCGCUUGGCCUCUCCGGAUGUCACUCGGGUCGGGCGGGUCACCAGUUUGCUUGAAAGGCCGCACGGGUGUUCUGUGCCCGAGGGACCUCAUGCCAGUCCGGGUGAGGGUGGCGACAGGCCAGCUGCUGGUCCGUGCGUAUCCCAAACCCCCUGCCUGCAAAUCCACCCUGGUCGUAGGAGAGGGAAAUGCCCCUUCAACGCUUCCCAAAUCCUUCUCCCCAAAGAUCCCCCCGUGGCCCAAAAUUUCAGUCUUCCCGGACCUCUUGCUUCCAGUUCUGGGACCUGCUGCUCCUCCGAGGUCCAGCCUCUGCUGGCUGGUGGUCCUUCUGAGCCUCCUGCCCUGUCGUUGUCCCGGGUCUCCUCAUCCUUAGCACUACACUCCACCACGGAGCCUCCGGAGGAGGAGCGGGCGUACGGCCUGGGCCGACUGGACUGCAAGCCCACCUUUUCCGGAGAACAGUCUGGGACAGAGGCCACGGGAACAAACGCCAGCCUUUACCUCAACUGCCAACUUCGGCAACACCUUCAAGGACCCGAAGACGAUGUCCCAGACGUGUUCGAACAUUCGGUAUGACAGGCCGUGGGUUUGCUGGCUGCGUUGGGACGGCCUUGGACAACGAGCCGGUUUCCAAACCAGCGAGAAUGGGCUGCUUCCUUGCAAAGUUCUCGAGCUUUCCUUUGGCAAUCGUACGGCAGUCUGAAGAUUUUGCAUCUCUGGACACCCCCCCCACACACACACACAUACAUACCUUCCUGCCAAACUCAGAUUGACUCCUGCAUCAAACGUAAGCUUUCUAAGGUCUCGCUGGGCAU